AAAGACACUGGUACCUGUGACUCGUUCCGUUAGAGCCGUGGCUAAUGCUACACAAAGAAAGAAAACAGCAGUGCUUAAACUUUAAGCUGCUGUAGCGAGGAAGAUGACCGCCGCGGCGGGGCUGUGCGGGCCCGGGACCUCUGCUGCUGCGCCCGCGCUGCGCCGCCUGACUUCAGUCCCCGGUUACGAUCAAAACCGCCUAAAUGAUGUUCUGCUCCUAAGACCUGUCACGGAAACACAGAGACGAUGCGACAACGAAACAGAGGACCUGCAUCAAGGAAACGAUCACGUAGUCUUCUUUCCUGGAGACAUUCAGAACUUUCAGCAGGAAAUGGCUCUCCAGCCUGAUGCUGCCCCAUGGCAGUCCUGGAGUCUGGAGCGUGUCACCCUCACCCUGAGCCAACGCUUCCCUGGUUGCCAUAUCUGGGUCAUCCGUGCAUCCCGAAUGUACCUACACAAGUUCAGCUGCUAUCAGAACUUUGUAGAGAGCAACCUAUUUGGAGCACCAGAACACACUCCAGACUACGGAGCCGUUCGCCACUGA